CUGGAACGCGGUAGACGAAUCAGGUGACUGCGGCGGUAGUCUACUCGGGAGGCCGAACCAGGCGGCGGCUCAGAUCGCAGCGGAAGAGUCGUGCUUUUCUAACGUUUCUUAGCUUCCAAAUCCCAACAUACGGAGGCUGGUAAAAGCAGAGCAGAUCUGGUCAGGUCCUGAGACCGCUGAGUCCAGAGCAAUGUUGCUGAAGACAGUGCUCUUGCUGGCCUUGGUGGCCCAGGUGCUAGUCCUGGAGAAUGGGCUCCUGCGGAAGCCACCCAUGGGCUGGCUGGCCUGGGAACGCUUCCGCUGCAACAUCGACUGCAAUGAGGACCCGAAGAACUGCAUCAGUGAGGAGCUCUUCAUGGAGAUGGCUGACCGGCUGGCGCAGGAUGGAUGGCGGGAACUGGGCUACGUAUACCUUAACAUCGAUGACUGCUGGAUUGGUGGACGUGAUGCCAAGGGCAACCUGGUGCCAGAUCACAAGCGCUUCCCCCACGGCAUUGCCUUCCUGGCUGACUAUGCUCACUCCCUGGGCCUGAAGCUGGGCAUCUACGAGGACUUGGGCAACUUCACCUGCAUGGGUUACCCGGGAACGACACUAGACAAGGUGGUGCAGGACGCGCAAACCUUCGCCGAGUGGAAGGUGGACAUGCUGAAGCUGGAUGGCUGCUACUCAAGCCCCCAGGAGCGGGCCGAGGGGUACCCCAAGAUGGCCGCUGCCCUGAAUGCCACAGGCCGCCCCAUUGCCUUCUCCUGCAGUUGGCCAGCCUACGAAGGGGGCCUCCCCCCAAAGGUGAACUACACCCUGCUGGCAGACAUCUGCAACCUCUGGCGCAACUUCGAUGACAUCCAGGACUCCUGGAGGAGCGUGCUGUCCAUCCUGGACUGGUUUGUGACCCACCAGGACGUGCUGCAGCCGGUGGCCGGCCCGGGGCACUGGAACGACCCAGACGUGUUGCUCAUCGGGAACUUUGGCCUCAGCUUCGAGCAAGCCCGGGCCCAGAUGGCCCUGUGGACGGUGCUGGCGGCUCCCCUGUUAAUGUCCACAGACCUGCGUACCAUCUCCGCCCAGAACGUAGACAUCCUGCAGAAUCCACUCAUGAUCAAAAUCAACCAGGAUCCCUUAGGCAUCCAGGGACGCAGGAUUCUCAAGGAGAAAUCCUACAUUGAAGUGUACUUGCGGCCCCUGGUCAAUGAGGCCAGCGCCAUCGUCUUCUUCAGCCGCAGGACGGACAUGCCUUAUCACUACCAUUCGUCCCUUGCCCGCCUGAACUUCAGCAGCUCCGUGGUGUACGAGGCCCAGGACGUCUACACGGGUGAAAUCAUCAGUGGCCUCCAGGAUAAAACGAACUUCACCGUGAUCAUCAACCCUUCAGGGGUGGUGAUGUGGUACCUGUACCCCAUCAGUAAGCUGGGGAUACCCCAGCAGUGAGGGGCUGGGGCCAGUGACAGGCUAUGGCAGCACCACUGAGCCUGGACCAUGGAGGGUCCAUUUGCCGAGGGCCAGUGCGGUGGGGUUCUCUGCUACCCAGGCCUGCUCGGCGACCCGACCUCAUCAGACUCGGGGUGCGAGCUGAGGGCCAGGUCCCGCUCCCUGCUGGAGCAGGAACUCUCCAGGAAACUUGUCUCAGGGAGACCCUGUGGCUUUGUGGGCCUCUACCGUGUCUGCACAGCCCCACAGAUACUGCUGAACAGCUCGGUCAGCCUCCCCUGUGGGGACAGGCAGGGACACGCAUAUCUGUCAGGACACGAGCCUUGGACCUUCUGUGUAUUGACUCUGAAAUCAGGAAUUUGGGGAAUUUUUCUUAUAACUAGGAGUAGAGCUCUGAUCUCUUGUCGGGAAUCCCCGUGAAUUAUGUGACUGACUUUCCUGCCCGGAGGAGGCCUUGCAGGCUGACGCGGCCUGGGAGUGACCUUGGGUCCUUCGGGUCACCAAUAAAGCUGUUUU